ACGUACCGGGCGGCGGUGAGGCGACUGCCGUCAGGCGCCAAAGUGUUUUUUUUGCCCGAGCCGAGCGGCUGCUGCUAGCGGAGGCGCCAUAUUGAAAGGGACAAAACUCCGGCGACAGCGAGUGACACAAACAAACCCCCGGACCCUCCCCCCAUUUCCCCAGCUCUAAGGGCCGAGAUGUUGUACCUAGAGGACUAUCUGGAGAUGAUUGAGCAGCUGCCUAUGGACCUCCGAGAUCGCUUUACGGAGAUGCGCGAGAUGGACCUGCAGGUGCAGAAUGCAAUGGAUCAACUAGAGCAGAGAGUCAGUGAAUUCUUUAUGAAUGCAAAGAAAAAUAAACCUGAAUGGAGAGAAGAACAAAUGACAUCCAUCAAAAAAGAUUAUUAUAAAGCUUUGGAAGAUGCAGAUGAGAAGGUACAGUUGGCAAACCAGAUAUAUGACUUGAAUUACAGUUCCUUGGAUUGAUGCUCAUCAACAAGAAGUGACUUGUCCAUGACUGUAUACAUCUUGUCUGUGUCAGAGAUAGGACUUUAAUCCAGGAAUCCUGACUCCUGACCAGUUUUGUGUUUUCUAUCCUAGAAGUGUCAAACCUGGGGUCUAUUGGACUGUGCUCCAGAAACAGAUUAAAAUAUAACUGGGACAUGUCUAACAAAAUAAAUAAAAAUGCAAUACAACAUAAUGUUAAAUUGUGGCUUCUAAAUCAAUAUGUGACUUUUUCUGUUUAAGGUUGAUACCACUGCAGUACUUACAUACUGCUUCUUUGUCAUACAUCUUAGUAGGUAUUUAAUAUCUUUCUAUAAAUUCUUUCAGAUGUUUUAUUUUCAUUUCCUAAUUGAAUAAUAUUUGUGAAUCUUGUAAAAGAUUAAAGUAUUGCUUUUGAGUAAUUAUUCAUCAUAGAAAUUUCUUCCUUUGAAAAAACAAAACCUGACUUAGAGUUGCUUGAAUUUCCCAGCUUCAUUGUGGCACAGCGAGUCUGAUGAUCUGGGAUACAGAAUAUCUGAGUUUGAGUCUUUGUUCUGCUAAUAAUUAAUCAAUCAACAGCAGCUAUUUGUUGAGCUCUUACUAUGUGCCACAAACUGUUCUAUACACUGGGGAUAGAAAUUCAGAAGUGAGUUCUUUCCAUCUUUCAACCAAAUAAAGUAUUUAUAUGAAAGCAGAAUAUAUAUAAAUUUAAUAUUCAAGAAUGGAGGUGGAAAUUAAUAACCAGAGAAAUGAGGAAAAUCUUUAUUGUAGGAAGUAGCAUAUUACCUGAACAGGAUAAUUUGCAAGGGAAAUAGUGGUUCUAAUAAAUGAAUGUGAGGUGAAUUCAGGCAUAAAAAAGAGAAAGGCAGACAGCAACUACGAAGAUUGAAUGUAGGGGAUAUAAUGUGUAUGUGUAUAGGUCAUUUUUGGAUAAAACAUGAGUGCCUGAGGGAGAGUAAUGUGUACUCAGCCUGGAGAGACCAGAUGGAUCCAAGUGGUGAAGGACUUGAGAUUCUGAAGAGAAGAGCUUGUAUUUUAUUCCCUCCCCUAAAGGGCAUAUUUUAUGACUACUUAUUCAUUCAUUGUGAAAUUCUAGGAGUUUCCCAAGCAACAUUCCUUUUUCCUCUCCUUAUUUAUAAGUAUACUGUGAGUAUUAUCCAUGAAAAUUCUCUUCUCAGUUCCAAAUUCACUAAUACCAGAAGGAUUUUUUAUAUUCAAGUAACUCUAUUCUUGUCAUGGGAAAGCAUAUUUAUUUAGAGGGCUUUGCAUCCAGAGUUUUUAAAUUGAUUCUAGAGGAUAGAAAUACAAAGAAAAUAUGGUGGUUAUCCAUAUGCCUCCUACUAUUCUGAUCAAGGGCAAUUUUCCAUGGUUGACAUUUUUCAAGGGAUAGCCAAUUUUGGAAGCUAGUAGCUGUGAUUUUAGAGUACUUCAAAUAUAAAGUGAAUACUGAUUCAUUUUCAAUUUAACUUCACUUUCAGGAAUGUUUUUAAUAUGUAUCUUUUACAUUGCUUAAAUAGAGAAGACCACCUUGGAUGUCAUCUAAUUUUUAUAAAUGAGGAAAUUGUAGAAAGUUGAAGUGAAUUUACCGGGAUCACACAGGUAGUAGCAGAGUGCUGGUUCAAAUCCAGGCCCUUAGACUCCACAUCUGAUAUUCUUUCUCUUCUAUCUGAAAAUUUCCUGUAUAAGUAGACAACUGGGUAGUAAAGGAGAUAGUCCCUGGAGUCAGAAGACAUGCUUCUUUCUCUUACUAGUGUUGUAACCCUGGGUAGAUCACUUAAUGUUAACUGCCUCAGUUUCCUUAGCUAUAAAAUGGGGUAAUAAUAGCACCUAUCUCCCAGAGGUGUU